GCGACGCGGAUAUCUGCAUUGUUGACGUUUCGAAAUUUGUUUACUGCUGUUAUAUUCUAUUGGAACUUAAAAAUACAAAUUGCAGUUUAUUUAAAACUAAUAUUUAAUAAAAUUUUAAUAAUUUUUCUAAGAAAAACAUAAAAUAAUUGAAAUAAAAUAUAAAUUGUGAUAAAAAAAGAAGAAAAAGUUAUGAAUAAAAAUGAAAAUUGUAUUGAAAAUUUGAAAGAGACGCCAAACAACUAUAAGAAAAAUACUGAAACAACAACUACGGCAAUGCAAACAGCUAAUACAACAACAACAGCAUUAAUAGAUUGUGCUCAACAAGAGUUUAGGAAUGUAACAACAACAGCGCUUGUACAACAACCACCAAACAAGUUUAGUUCAAACAUGAAAAAGGUUUCAGGAAAACCGCUAAAACCAGCUGUUAAAACUCAUAUAGCCAGAAUAUCGUAUGGAAGAAGUGACUCCCAAAGAUAUAAUACGGAAAAGUUGUUGACAAAAGAUUGUAAAUCUGUUAGGGAGCCAAAGGAGGGUGAUUUAAAUUUAGAAUUAAAUGUUAUGGAAUCUUCGCGUUCUUCACAAUUAUUAGAAGAUUUUGCUAAGAAAAAACAGGAACGUGAUCAAGAAAUAAUGGAAAUACAGGAAAUGUUAAAUAAAAUUAAAUCACCACAAAAGAGAAGUGUUUCUUCAGCACAAAAUUCUCCUAAAAAGUCACAAGAUCUAAGAAAAUCAAGUGAAAAAGAAGAGGAGGAUGAUAAAGACUCUGAACAGCAGGAAGAGGAAAAAAUUUCUCCAUUUCGUCGAAGUAAAACUGAAAUACAACUAAAUACUAAUAAUGUUGCAACAGAUGAUAUUAAAAGUAGUCGUGUGGCACGUAGAGAUACAGCUAGAACUAGUACUGCCGUUGUUGCUAGCAAACCCAGAUCUAAAUCUUUGCAAUUGCCUUUAAGUGCCAAGGAAACACCAGUAAAUAAGAAAAUCGGCUAUAAUCCAGAGGAAGCACGUCGCUAUAUGGAAAUGCAAAAAAAGCAACGCAAAGUGAGUUUGAUAAAUGAUCCCGCCAUUAAAUCUAAAAUAGAAAAGGAAGAAAUUAAGAAAAGACUGGAAGAGCUUAAGAAAAAUACACGUAAACUGGUGUCGAAAAAUAUACAAAAGAAAGAGAAAAUUAUGAUACAAAAUUUCAGUAAAAAACCUUUAGAGAUUAAAGCUCAAACAAAAACUCCUUUAAAAGAGGAAAUUGCUCCAACAAAAGCUGCCAAGGAUGAGGAGAAUGAGUUAAAGGGACUUAAUCUAGAGAAUAACUUAACGGAAAAGAAAAGCAAAACAGAGCGUUCUAAUAAGGAAACAGAAUGUUCCCAAAGGUCAUCGCAAAGUUUGAAUAAUAUCUUAAAGCCCACGGCAUUUCCUUUACUUGAGAAUCACAAACGUAUAGGUCUUCUUAGAAAAGCUGAAAACGAAAAAGAUUUCUCUUUCAACAGCCAUAAGAAUUUUAAUUUCGAUAAAGAAAAUCACAAUAUAGAAAUGCUCACCAAACAGUUGAACAAUCCCAAGGAUAAUAAAACAAAAAGUAACAAUUCUAUACAAAGUAAAGAUGUGGAAGCAGAAAAAGAUAAACAAGUUGAGAAUCUGUCAAAGGAUGUAGCAAAAGAUGAAGAAAUUUCCGAUUUAGAAGUACCACGUAAAACUUUAAAAACCAACAAAACAGAAGAAACCAUCAAAGUAACCGAUAGUAAACACAAUGAGCCUGCUAAACCACAUGAACUGCCUUACUGGCUGAGACCGUCUGCAGCACAAGUUUAUCCUUAUAACUUUAUUAUGGCUGUUCGUAGGAAAUUGGAGGCAAUAGCCCAACCUAUUGUCGCUAACAGAACGGGAGAUAAUGGCAAACAAAAUCAAGAAACUUCUACAACUGGUUUGAAUAGUAAAAUAAAAGAGAAAAAGCGAAAAUCUUUAGAAUUAAGAGAAGAAAAAGAAAGUAAAAAACGUAAAAGAAAAGAACAAGAGGAACUUAAGGAGGCUCAGGAAAGUAUUAUAGAAAAAAGUCUAAAGGAAUUAAAUGUUAUAAAGGAAAGCAAACUUAAACAAUUAAAACCUUCGCCACAAGCUAUACAAACAAAAGAAUGUGGCAAAGAGGGAAGCAACACUGAAAGCCCAGAUUCUUCUGAAGAGGAUGCAGCAAAACCAUUAACACAAUUCAAAUAUUUGCAAAAAUCCAUACAAUCUAUAGAUUUACAAGGUAUUAAACCCUCUAGUAAAACAAAAUCCUAUGGAAAAACUUUAGAUAUUCCAGCAUUUAAGCCAACCUUAAAAAGUUUAGAUACUGAUGCAGAAGAUUCCAAACAAAAUUCACAGCAAUUUAAAAUGCCCUCAAAUUAUAAAUCUAUGGAAAGUUUAAAUUCAGAAAUUAAUUCAAAUUUAUCAUCCAUUUCGCUACAAUUGCCCAUUUCAAAUACUUUAACAGAGGUCUCCUCCUUAAGAACCGAAUCUAGAAGAACUUGGAACAAACACGCCAAUAAACAACAGCCAACACAAUCAGAAGAUGAGCUGACCUCUAUAUCAUCACAAAUCUUUAGUAGUCCAGAAAAGAAAUCAGUGACAAAAGAAAAAGAUUUUGAAUUUGUUAAACCACGACCAGUAAGUCCUCUUUCCUUGGAUAAGGUGGAUAAAUUGAAAAUUCAACGAAAGAACAGUUUAAAGGAGGCGCAAAAUGAAGACCAAGAAAUGGACUUUAAUCAAUUAUUAGAGGAUUUCAAUCGCAGUCUUUCGCAGGUCAUACAAGUUAAUGAGCAAUUGAAAUGUACCCUCGAUAAGUCACAACAGAUAUUAAGUCCUCAUUCAUCGAAAAAAUCAAGCGAUACAGAUAAAAUGUAUUCCUCAGAUUUUGAAAAAUCCACCACAAAAUUGCAAUCAUCGCGAGAAAGUGAAAAACUUAAAGAAACUUUAGAGAAAAGUAAUGAAAAUUUAAAGCAGAGAAAACGUCAACUAUUCGAAAUGGCAGAAAAAGUUAAACCGCUUUUAACACCUCAGAAAGAAGCACAGAAUGGAUCUGAACAAACUUUAACAGAAUUGAAUUUAAAUCUGAAUUUAAAAUCUUUAACAAAUUCCGAACAAACUACAGAAGAUGAAGAAGGUAAAGCAUCACAAACAGAAAUAGAAGUUGAAGAAGAGCUAGGUUCGGGCUCAAUGGCAGCACAAUCUUAUGAAAAACGUUUGAAUGAAAUAGAAAAACUUAAGCAGACCCUAAAGCAAACUAUUAUGGAAUCGAAAGAAAAGCGCAAAGAAAAAGAAAGAUCCCACAGAAGUAGCUUUGAGAGACAAAAACCAAAAGAAAUUGUAAUGGAAACUUUAAAGACAAAACAUGUAAAAGAAACCACUAGAGAUGAUAUAGAUUCUUCCCAAAUUCCUAGUGAAAUUGAGACACAAAGUCAAGAAACAAGAAAUCCAACAAAACGAUCUUCCAGCCACACGGAAAUAACGAAAUUUUCUGAUGAAAAAUACAAAUUAUUUGAAAAAUAUCAAAAACAAUAUAGAAGUUCUUUAAAUGAAACGAAUAGUCAAGAAAUUAAAACCUCAGACUCUGAUAAUGGUUCAUCAUCACAAACAAAUGAUAAAAAGGAAUUAUCACAGAAGCAGAAUAACAACUCUCAGAGAGUUAUGGAAUCCAAUGAUACCUUGCAGUCGAGUUCAAAACAAACAACUUUUAAAUCUUUUAGUUUAACACAUAACAAAACUUUAGAGAAAGAAAAAGCUAAAGAAAAAUCAAAUUAUACAACUUUCAACAGCAUAAGUAGUCGGGAUAAUGAUUCCAAACACAGACAUAAAUCUUCAGAAAAUAAACACAACAACAAUAAAACAUAUGAAAGCUUAGCAGAAUCCUAUAGUGGCACACAAAGUGAAAAAGAAACUUCCAGAUCUAAGUCCAUAACAAAAAGUAAAAAACUCGAAGAUCCCACUAUAAGCUCCAGCAUAGCAGAAGACUUACAAAAUACUUAUGAAUCUGCUUCACACGACAAUGAAAAUAUACCAACAACUUCUCGAACUAAAAUCGAUUCCAAACAAUUUAUUAAAUUCCACAUUAAUCGUUCACGUGGUGAUUUCCAAGAUAACCUUAGCAAAGAAGCCCUUUUAAAUGAAACCCAAUUCCAACAGGCCAUUGAAACAGCUUCGCAAAUUACUUCUACUGAAUUUGCUCAGAGUGCUGAUGAUGAGAUAACUAGUAGUAUGACUUCAAGGCAUAGCAACCAUCGUAAAACUAACUCAAAUCCUCCUAGUUAUAAUACAGCUUCAGCUGCUAAACAGCCUCUUACACAGGCCUCACCAUCGAAAAGUAAAAGACGUAUUUCGAUUGGCAAUGAAAUUGUUAAUUUUUUCAAACAAUACGAUUGUGAAAGAGCUCAGCGUCAUUCGAUGGCGAAUGAUAGUAUGUCGGAGUCUUCGUUAAAUUAUUCAAAUGUUGGUUUGUACGAUAAACUAAUACAAAACGAAACCAAUAAGUCUCAGCAUUUGACAGCACUUUUAAAAAUGCGCGAAAAAGCUUUAUUAGAUCGUACUAAAGGUCAAAUUGCUUGGCUAGAAGUGCAGAAAGCUCGUUAUAAAGCUAAAGGUUUAAUAAAUCAUAUAGCAGCGAUUAAGAAAAAACAACGUGGUAUACUUUUGAAAAUGGAAAAAGAACGUGAAGAGAUUAAAAGAUUAUUAUACACUACGACAACAAACAAUAAAACAGAGUCAAAAACUGCAGUAAAUACUUUACCCACUGGUGGCCAUAAAAUAAAUAAUAGUCAACACAACACUCCAACAAAACAUAAAAAGGAAAGAUUACCCUCCGCAGCAACAACUCUAACUAAACCAAAAAUCUUAGGACAACAAAGUAUAAAAACGGAAAAUGCUACAGCUCUUAGUGCAGCUCCCAUAUUGAGGGCCACCUAUGAGUUAGAAUCUUCACAAGCUCUAGAGGAGCUGUUGAAAAAACGUGAGGAGGAUCUACGAAAACGACGUGAACAUGUUGAACGUUUAAUGCAAUGGCAUCAACGACUGGACGAAGAAGAAGCUGAGGUCUUGAACUUGGAACGUCAGCUCCUUAGCUACAAUAAUGUUCCACAUAUGGUGGAACAACAAACUACUACAAGUUCAGCGAGUACGGAAAAGUUGACAGCUGCUCACGACAAUACGAAAGAAAGUGAGGACGUUACCGCCUCACCUUUGAAAUCACCCGAAAAGAAACGCGCCUCACGUGCGCGUAAAAUGGAAAAACGUCUUAAGGAAAUCGAUAAAAGUUUAAGAGAACUUUCGCAUAUAUCCGCCUCAAGUACAACAACGUCCGGUGGUGUUAUGGGCCAAACUAAUAACGAACAGCAAGAAGAUUCAAUCUCUAGUAUAGCCACGCAAGAAGUUGAUUUUGUACGCACCUCUGGCAUGAAACUGAAUAAACUGUGGAAACGUUUGACAUCACAACAAAUAGAGAAAUUUGAACCCAGUCGUCGUUAUAAGUUGUGUAAAGCGGACUUAGAACGUCUGUAUGAGGAGGCCAAAAUGGCAGUGUUAAAAGAUUUUGCCGAGGAUGAGGAACGUAUAGCCCAGGAACUUUUGGAAAAGAGUACGUCUAAUCUAAGUUCCACUAACAGUCCCACAAAUCUAGGGCAAAUACCCAAAACACCUGAUCCUAACAGAGCGGUAGAAGUGCCAACUUUAAAUUUGAAUUUUAGUUCGGGACACUCGGAACCAGAGGAGGAGUCAGCCAAUAAUUCACAAGUCAAUACCACACAACAGGGCAACUAUAGUCCCAGUGUGGCAGAGGAAAACUUUAAAGCUCAGGUUCUAUUAAAUUCCAGCGCUUCUUCCGAUACCAUUUCCGAAAAGCAAACUUCGGCGGAUGCGAAACAAUCGUCCAGCCGUCUGGAAAACAAUGUACAAAUGUUUUUAGCCUUAAGUCAACGUAUACAAACAGCAACCGGUGGCAGGCAUGCAGGUUUGGGAGGAAAACUGCAGCGCAGUUUAAGCGAUACUGAAAUAUCCGAGGCACCAAAGUUUAAGGCAGAUAAAAGCACAACUAGUCAAAAGAAUAUAGCAACUAUAGCUAGUCAAUCGAAUACAAGUAUAAGCACUAAUAGUUCAGCACGAUCUUGUGGCUCAUCAGAACAACAACAGCAACAACACCAAAGAUCGAAAUCUUCCAUAGUGGAAAUGACAUACAUUCCUUCAACACAAACAGAAACGCCAACGUCAACAGAUUUAAGACAAAUACCACCCAACAACCCUCCCGCAUAUCAACAGCUAGAACAUAAAAACAAUGAAACUACAAAAGACUUGGAACAUGAUAGGAUAUUAACAACCAAUCUACAGCCACUCAGUCGUUCAUCCGUUAUAUGCUCUAUAGGUAAUGUAACACCAAAUAAAUUAUCACCACAAACUUCAUCGGAUAUUGCCACAAUUGCAGAAGAUUUCAAAUCCUCAGCAACAUUAACAUCAAAUAUAAUAACCAAAAAUGUGACAAGUGGUACAAGCUCAAACAUAAAAUCCAACUUUUCCGGACAAGUUGGUUCAGAUUCGGCAACCAAAGCCGAAGAAAUAUCUUCAAAAUUGGAAGAAAUAUCGGCUGCCGUUACACAACUUUCACAAAUGAAUGCUUUGCCCUCCUACGAAUCUGUUACCCAUGCACAUUCGCGUAACAAAUCCCUAGAUGAGGCCACAGUAAAUACAAAUGAUGAAUCUUCCAACUUGAGUACAGAUGCCUCCUCAUAUUCCUUUAAUUUUGAAAACAUUACCACUGAUAAGCAUUCCUCACCCGGAACAUCUACACUUCAACACACAAAUUCAUUGCAACAUAAAACAAUAACCUCCAAAACAUUUACGAAAACUGAAGAGGACGAGAACAAAGAAUACUCAAGUGCUUCAGCUUCCUUGAAUUCUACAAAAUCUAAAACAUAUGUUAAAGAUGAUGGAACUUUAACACAAUCGGCUUUCGAAAAUCGUAUACUAGAUACUUAUGAAGCUGAUUUUGAAUCGGAUUUAAGUAAUGUUACUCAUAUUGAAGACAUAACUAUACCGACAUUUGAAACAACAGCCGAAACGAUACAAGAUGAGGAGGAGAACGAAGAAUUGUCAACAAAAUCCUCAGCGAAAGAGGAGGAUUUUGUUAAAGAUAGUAUAGACAAUUUAAGUACGGAAGCUUCCGACAAAACGUACAAUGCUGAAGAACUCAAAUCGCCCUCAUCAUCGAGCACGGAAAAGCCCUUAGCUUUAGUGACAAAUGCGAAAGCACGAAAACCUAGUCCUGAUAGAGAGUUAUUACCUCCACCUCCUCCCUUACCACCACCACCGCCUUCUACAUCUACUGCAACAAGCGCAGCAGCGGGAACAUCAACUCAAAAUGGCAGUAGUCAUCUUAUGCCAGAUAUAAUUAAUGAAUUGGAAUUAAGACGUCAUCAACUUAUUUUGGAUAACGAGGUAUUUAAGAAUGAAUUACUAGGUGGAUAG